CAGGGUUAUCGGUGAUACGAUCUGCCAGACCCAUCAGGUCUGACUCCAACAUAUGCAAUUGACAAACCCUGAGAGUUACACUAUCAAAGACCUAGAAAAUAGCAGUUUCCAGUCCCACCAAAGAUUUAGCACCUACAAUUUCCCUCCUGUACUAAUAUUCCAUGCAUCACUUUUAUACCAAUAGGGGGCCCCUGUGUUACAGUCAUGUUCUUUUUAUGCUUUGUUUGCCAUGUUGAUGGAAGAUGGUAAUGUUGCUUGUAGUAUUCUGGCUUGUCAACACCGUGUGUCAGUGACUUAUGAUUAGAGCUGUGCAAAAAACUGAUUUCUCCACUCCGUCAACUCAACUGGCCAUGCUGAAAAAUUGGAGAGGAAAAUAGUUUCAGGUCGAUGUGGGAUGAACAUUUUUUGAACUUUUCAGUUAACCAAAGUGUUAAAAAAAAAAUCAGUUUGGGUCACACUAAAUAUUUCAUUCUGUUUUAGAGCUUUUUGAAACUUUUAAAAAUAAAACUGAAGUAAACUUCAGAAAAAAACUCAUUUCAAGUACCGAAAAAAUCAAAACUUUUUUAAAAAGUUUUUUGGAAUGAAACUGUUCUGCACAUUUGUCAUGGCUUUGCAUUAAUUUUUGGUUGAUCCAAAUCUGUAUUCUUCAGCAAAAAUAGGUUUUGGCUGAAAAUAUUCACACAAGCAGCACGUGUUAUAGAUUUAAAAUUUUUAUUAAAGCAAAUGUUAAAGUUAUACAAUACAUAGAUUGAGAAAAGAGUGUCUGUAUAUCUGGGUAUAGUGCUUAGAUUAUCCACACAUACAAAGUUAGUUUUUAAAAGUUUUACAUAUGAUACAUAGAGUACAUAAUCAGCAAUAUCCCAAAUUUAGGUGAAUAGAUUUAACAAUACAAUUUAGAUAUUAGAAUUUGAAUUCUUGGGUACAUCACUCAUGAAAAGUUGUACAAAGAUUUGGUUGUGGAAAGCAAAAUAUAUCAAUGAGUGGGGAUUGUCCCUCAGUAAUUGAGAAUUAGGUUCGUUGUCCAUUUAGAAAAUGCAUACUACACUACAAAAAUCUCUUGUUGCUAUGACAUUCUGAUCACCAGUUCUGUCCCAUGUGCAAACUCUGAAAGAGUAGCCACCCAGAAACUUAGGGCUUUGUGACUACUACUCUGUGUUGCUAUUUUUAAUGAUGAGCCCUGUCCAUUCUGAUUGCAAUAAUUUUUUGGUAACAGUUUAGGUGACUUUUGAGACUGGAGACUUGGAUUAAGACAAGCGCCACAUGAUAUUAUAGUGCAUACUGCUAAAUGGGAGACUGCUUGACAAGUUCACGCGAGGCCUUUGUCUGGUAAACUGUACAGUAGUCCUGAAAGGAUAGGAACCAGUACACUGAGGGUGGGAGUGGCAGAGGAGGUGUUAUAUAAAGCAAGCUUAAAGUAUCCAUUGCUGCCCCAUGGGAUGAGUUCAGUAUGGGGGCAAGGAAGAAAAUACAAGUUCUGGGUUAUAACUUUUUUAUAAUAUUCCUGAUUAUUAGGAUUUAAGAAGCAUGUUGUGUUGUCAGCUCCAAUGUUUAACUGUCACAGGAGCUUCUUUCCUUAAUUAUUCCAAAACCUCUGCUAGCAAUAACCAUAUUACACUGGGGGAUGGAUUUUGUUGAACACACAUUAAUAUAUCUCACAUUGAGAUUCAGAAAAAUAAACAAAGGUGCAGCUCAGGUUUUUUCCCCAGGGGGCUGGAAUAUUUAUUUUCUGUUGAUUUAGAAGUAACAUGCAAGGUUUAGGAAAUGAAUAAUGUAUAGUCAUAUGCAUUGAGUUUAAGUCAAACUGAGAUUUCUUGUAACAAGAUUUUUUUGUAACAGCCUCAAAAUAAAAAUCAUAUUACUUUUGAAUAUUUUGUAUAUUCAGUGUAACUAUAAUUGAAAAAGUGGAUGACAUUUUCAACUGUUUUUCAGUUUAUUUACUUUGUACCUUUGACAAUACUUCGCAUAUAGCCAGUUUUGUUGUUUCCUUUGUUUUGUACGAGUGUCUCACACAGUAACAGAAGAGACAUCUUAAAAGAAAGUUGUUAUAAAGCCACAAAAAUUUAGCAAGGACACUUGUGGGCAGUUGUCUGGCCUGAAACUAAUUUAACUCAUUUUUUAAAAUUCAUUAAAUUCAUUUAAGAUGAUGAUGUACCUUCAUAUUAUUUUACAGUCUUUUGUUCUGUUUUUAGGAGUAACUUUGUCUCAAUAAAUAAUAGCUGGCUGGCUGGAAUGAGAUUUAGCUGACUGAAGCUCAAUGAAUUAAAAAUGGAGAUAAUGCCAGUAAUCUGAAGGAAAUGCCUACUGUUCCAUCUUGAGAGAGUUGCGGGUGCACAAAAAUCACAGCAGAAAUGGCAGAAUUUCUGCAGAAGCUGCGGAAGAAGGUGAGAGUUGGACUUGUAGGUGGUUCAGACUUGGACAAAAUUCAAGAGCAGCUGGGAGACGAUGUGGUUGAAAAAUUUGACUACGUCUUUCCAGAAAAUGGUCUCGUGUCAUACAAAGAUGGGGAAUUUUUGUGCAAGCAGAGCAUUCAAAGUCAUCUGGGUGAGGACCUGCUCCAAGAUCUAAUCAACUAUUGUCUGAGUUACAUUGCAAAGAUUAAACUGCCAAAGAAAAGGGGUACUUUUAUUGAGUUCCGAAAUGGGAUGCUGAAUGUCUGCCCUGUUGGGAGAAGCUGCAGCCAGGAAGAGCGAAUUGAGUUCUAUGAAUUUGAUAAAAGGGAACAUAUAAGAGAGAAAUUUGUAGCUGAUUUACAAAGAGAAUUUGCAGGAAAAGGCCUCACAUUUUCUAUAGGGGGGCAGAUAAGCUUUGAUGUAUUUCCAAAUGGUUGGGAUAAGAGAUACUGCUUAGGAAUUGCUGGCAACGAUGGAUACAAGACUAUCUAUUUCUUUGGAGAUAAGACCAUGCCAGGUGGAAAUGAUUAUGAAAUCUACACAGACUCCCGAACAGUCGGCCACAGUGUUACAUCACCAGAGGACACAAGAAGAAUCUGUGAAGAGCUCUUUUUUAAAUAAAUGACUUUGCUUUCCUUUAGAUUUGACAGUAGCCAAACACUGAGUUGAAGAAGAAAUACCAAUCCCUUCAAACAUGAAAUAUUUCACUUCUUUCCAGUGGUGUUCUUUCAUAAUGGUUCACAAACAGUAAAUGUCCUGUUAGUCAUAUGUCACUAGGGAGAAUUCAGUGUUGAUUUGUCAAGCAUAGCAACAUUUGUUUAGGAACAACUUUCAUAUUUUUAAUUCAGUUAUGUACUGAUGUCUUUUUAAAAAUGAAUUAUCUAACUAGGAUAAGCUGUUUUUUCUUUGAAGUGGUACAUUGGGAAACAUAAUUGAAAACUCCUGGACAUUUUUGGAUCAAAUUUACAUGACCUGAUUUAACUUCUCAUAGGCUAAAAUUAAAAUUUCACUGGCUUAUUUGAUUCCUAGAAAUGUAUGUUUUGGAUUUAGAUUUAGUGGACUAAGGGAGAAAUGACACCAUUAAGCUAAUGUGCUUUCAAAAUAGGUGUAAUAAACAGGGAGAGAGACUUGUCACCUUGUUUUACCUGAAAGACUGGAGAACCAAUCAGUUCCAUUUCCUCCUUGUAAUGCCAUAAAUAAACAUCUCUUCCCUUGGCAUUUAAACCAAAUAUUUUUCCUCUAACCUGUUUGAGCUAAAGGUCCACCACAGCUCCCAUUGUCCUCUACGGAGAACUCCAGCAAAAUUACUGAUGCUUAGACGUGGAUUAAAUAAACUGUCACAUGUACAAGGAACAGAAAGGCCCAGCAGCCUUAUCCCUGUAUAAAUUACCUUUAAAA